UUCUCUUGAAGAUCAAGAAUUACGUGCGGCUCGUGAAUAUUACACGGAAGAAGAAAUGGCCACUCGUUUUAAAAGACGCAAACGCCGAGUCAUGUCAUCUCGUCAGAAAUUAACAGCCAUCGAGUUGGAGACCGCUGUUUUAGCCUCAGAUCCCAUGAGUUAUUACGAAAAAGAUGAUCGCGACCAUGGAAGUCGCUCUCAGAAAUCUUCAAAGAGUGAAUCUCUCAGUGGCUCUAACAGUGCGCGUCGUCGUUUACAAGAAAAUAAAUCAGAACCUCAUGCCAAUAGAGGCAAUAUAAAAGAAGAAAAUUUGGAGUCAAAAAUCGACAUGGAGUCUGAAGACAGAUCUGUUUCAAUUUCUCAAGAUUCUGGAAUUCAGCCUGAGAUUCUUUCGAUUUUGGAUGUAAAUACUCUUGGCGAAAACGAUAUUGACGCAGAUUUAGAUGAGGAAUGGAUCGAUGCAGAAUCUGAAGAGGAUGAAUUACGCUUGGAGAUGGAAAAGGAACUGGAUCGUGUGAGAAGACUCAAAGCUGCUUCUGUAGCCAAACCGCAGGGUGAAGCCGCUAUCACUCGCUUAGCCUCAGAGGUGCUGUCUCGCCAGCGGCAACAAGAAAAAAAUGGAGAAAAUACUAGUAGCAUUGACCCAGCGUUGUUGGCCGGUUCCAGCGCGCAACCAGCUCGCUCUAAUGCUGUUGUGUUUGAUUCAACUGCC